AUGUCGCACAACUUCAUGUCUCCAGACCCACGUGCUCGAUCAGUGAGUGCUCCAACCCUUCGGUUGACGCCAAGUCUUCAUGCAGGGCAUCAGCAAGAUGACAGCCAAUCUGAUAUUCAAGAGAUUCAAGCUGACAGUCAGCCAGAGGGUGAGCCAGGGGCCGAGAGUCAGAAGGAUGCAGUUGACAACAGUCCUUCAGAUUCAGAAAGGCCACUUUUUGGCUUUCAGCCGAUUCCGCCCAUGAGCUCCCAAGAUGCAAUGGGAGUGCCCAUCCCUGUGCCGAGUGAAUCAUUGGCCCCUGGAACUCCUGGCACACCAGUGAGAGGAGGACACGGAGCAGUUGAAGAUGCUGCCAGCACUGCUGCUUCGGCGCCUGUGCUUGACCAGAUUCAUACGACGCUCCAAAGUUCAGCUCAAGUCCAGCUACAGAUCCUUGCAGAGUUGAAAGCCAUCCGUCAAGGAAUGGACCGCUCGCGAUCACCGGUCAAAGCGGAACGACCUGCUGCAAAAGACGACCUGGAGGACCCAUUCUUGAUUCCCAUCAGUCUUCGCAGGCCAGUUGAGGUUCUGGAGGAAGCUUUGGAGAAUUUGCGGGACUCCGACAAGAUUACAGCAGAAGAGAGGAGCUUUGUGAAACGGAUGAUCCAGAGAAGAAAUUUGCAGUGCUUGUUCCACCUUUGCAGUGACAACACGCAGUGCACGUUCUACAAGAUUUGCUGCUUCGAAGCCUGUGCCUUCAUCAACUUUGCUGAGAGUGGGGUUGCAAAUCCGGUGUGUGCUUGGGAGGGCAUGGCUGACCAUGAACGCCAGGACUGGAUUCCGGUCAGUGACAACCCUCAGGACUGGAUUAAAGAACGGCCGGACUGGAGGGUCAAAAUUCUAUGGACUGGAUGGCCCAUGCUGUGUGCCAGCAAUGAUCCCAACCUGCCAACAUACCCUCCGUUGUGGAAAGCAUUGACCCCCACGACACAGAUUUCACAGGAGAGCUUGGAAAGACUUCAGACCCUUCUCAGGAAUCACAGUGAGACCUUUGAAUUCAAGGAUGCGAACUUUCUGAAGGACUUGGAAAACCACGUUUUGCAGGUUCAUGCUUUCCACACCAUUCGGAUGGACUUCAUGAUGGAUUUGGGACAAGUGAUGCAUGGCUUAGCUGCGAUGGCAAAAUCAGCUUGUGGAGAUCGGUGGGUGGAAGAUGUGGUCCUGCAGAGUUGGAGCAUUGCAGAACGCUGCGACAAGUUCUCACUUUUUCCGCGGGCUUCAUUGAUUCUGACAGUGCUGCAUGACAACAACCACUGGGCAUUGCUUUGUAUCCUUGUAGGAAAUGAGGAGGUAUUCUUCUAUGAUGGAGCGCCGACAAAUGGCACCAGAGAAGCCGCACAAGUUUCUUGUGUCUUCUGGAGCCAGAUGCUGAAAUAUGAGCUGAAGCUGAUGGAUGCCACAGUUCCUUCUCAGUCUGACUUUUGGAGUUGUGGCCAUCGUUGUGUAGUACAUGCAGGCUACAUCCUUCAGUACUUGCAGGGCAAUUCCUGGAAAUCUUUGCCGCAGUCCAUUCCCAAAGACGCCGUUUCCACUACAGCUUUUCGAGCAGUGUGUGAGGUGCAAGUGCAAGACGUGCCAGAAACCAGGGCUUCAGAAUGCCGUAAUGAACCAGAUGAUGACAAAUAUGUGUCAAAGGUCCUGAAGCAAAUUGCUCAGAGACAGGAAGCGAGAAGACAGAGAUUGAAAGAGCUUGAAGCUCUGGGUGUUUCUACUGCUACUGGACAGGAAGGUGGCAAGACUGCUCCAUCUAGAAAACGGAAGCAGAAAUCACCCAAAGAAGGGAACCAAGACGAAGAUGAUGCUGGAAUCGCGGCAAAGAAGUCUAGACAAAUGUCUACCAAAGAAAGAGAACAUGCUGCCAGGGCGAUGGAGAAUGAAUUGUCUGAGAAACAUCAGUUCACACACAAUCAUAGCUUCCAGCGUGAACAUCGCAUCAGAAAAAUCUUGAUGCCUAGGGGACACUGGCAGCAAUUCCUCCUCGAUCUCCAUGACAAUGCACCAAUGGGGUGCGAAGCUUGCAGAGAAUGCCGGAAACUAGUGGGCAGCGAACCAAACCAGGCAGAUGCACCUCCGCUGUUGGACGGUGAUGAUGGCUCAGCAGCUGAUGCAGAUCAAGGAGUUCCUCUGCCUCCGCCUCCACCCUCGCAAUCUGCUCGUGCACGUGGGCGGCCCAAAAAAUCUGCUGCUUCCUGGCCAGGGCUCAAAAAUUGGCUAGAGAGUACACGCCCAGGCAUCUACCAAGUGGUGGAAGAAGACAGCUUCCAGUGGCUCUGCCGACUGUGCAACCAAGUCUUGAAAUUUCAGCGUGAUGCCGACACUUUUGUGAAAGCGCAUGAGAAGCGUGCGCUCCACAUUUCACAGCUUGCUGCAUUGAAGGCAGGAGCCGAGGAUGCACUUCCGAGGCCGGAAGAAGUUGCAACAGCAUGUCAGGGUGUUGACAUUUGCAACGAUUCCAGAUUGGCCCCUGAGUUGCACAAAUUGCAAGCUUCCAUUGCGGCUUGGAUUGCUGGUGGCUCGCCUUUGGCCAAGGGGAACGGCAACCCAUUGGGCCUUGCUUCCUUCACAUGCAGCCAAGAUGGAAUUACUUUCCGGCAUGUUGAGUGCGAAGGGAAAGUCACGGUUGGGCUUUGUCCUAAAUGUUACACUCUGUCGCGCAAUUCAUCUUUCAUCGCUGACUUGAAGCACUGGGCUUGGAAGUUGGACCUGGUCCAGCUAUGCAAUCACAUGGUGAUGAACAAUGAUGAUGAGAUCCGUGAAUUGGCAGAGGCUGUCGCCAGCAGGGACUACUUUGACCCUGAAGUGCACAAGCCCCAGCUUGACCAGUUGUUGAAGAUGAAUCCUGCUGAUGCAAUCGGCAACAUCCGCUAUGGAAUUUUGUCAAUUCCUCGGAUUCGCCGAGCACCAUCCCUGCAAGCCUUGAUUGAUCUUCGAUUGUCAGAUACACGCCAGCUUCUGCCUACUUCAAUGGAGUCAAGCAUUUUUUCCACCUUGAUGCAAAAAUUUCAGGGGGCUGUGCAGAAUGGAGUGUGCCAUCGAAAAGAGUUCGAGAUGGCUUCGAUGAUUGCUUCGGGGAAGCUUCGUGCCGAGCCUGUGGUCGAGGCUUUGUUCAAGAGCACUUUGUCCCGCUUGAGCAAAAUCAGCAACGGAGCCCUCCAGAGAACUGGCACAUCAGAGUUCUUUGCCAAUGGGUUGUCGAUGGACUUGUUGCUGCUGCUGGGGAAGUCAAAGGAAUCGCACAAAUUGCUGCAGCUGAUGGGCGUGAACCCACGUGUGAUCCCCAAGCUGGACCUGCGCUGGGAGCUCUUGCCACAACCGUUUGUGGCCUGCAGGGAUUUAGACAUUUUGAUGCAGAAUUGCAAGGUAGUGCAGCAACUUCUUCAAGUGGAACCACAGCAGCGUUCGUGGAUCCUGACUUGUGAUGAGACCUGCUGGCAUCCGACAUUGGACCUGAUCGCCGGGUUGCGAGAUGAGCUCGGAUAUGUCGGCGGGUAUUUUCACAAGGCUGACGCCGAGCAAGACCUCAGUUUCCUCACUCUCGACAAAAAGAAGAAGAACCUGUCUGACUCUGACUUUGAACAGCUUGCCCGACUUUCACAGCACUAUGUCAUCACACGGUGUGACACCAAUGUGCACUCCUAUGCUGUGGACUUCAUACCUCGGCCACCAAAAGCAGCUGGCAUCGUGGGAAAUGGAGCGGAGAACACCUUCUUAGAGUUUGGCCGUUGCCUCCUUCAGGCCACCAUUGCCAAUGGAGGUGUGCCGCCAAUUGGGGUAGCAUAUGAUGCAUCUACGGCACAUGUCAACAUCAACAAGGCGUUUUUAGGUUUGGCGAGCCGAUCUGAUCUGGAGAAAGCUGAAUUCUUCUCAGACUGCUCCGUGCGCGGCAUCAAACUGAAAUGCUUCAAGUUUGGUUGCCUUCUGUACAAGGAUGGGUUUGGUAUGAUUUGGAUUGAUUUGAUUAUAUGA